UUCCUUCCUGUCUUCUUCUUCUACGUUUAGUCUUUGCUUCCUGAUAUGAAUUUAGAGUUAGAGUUUUAUUCCCCUACAACCGUGCCUAUUUUAACAAGCCCUUAACAACCGCCUGUCAGGUCGAAUUUCGAGAGCGCAAAAAAACUAAAACCCCACGAAAAUGUCAACAAGAACACCAUCACCGCCGUCGUCGGCGUUCAUGCUGAUCUGUCUCCUCCACUCGGUCAUCGCCUUAUCAAGCGGCGCCUUCAUGAUGUUCCGCAUGAAGGAAAUCUACACCUUCACCCACGGCAUCGAGACCGCCACAAAGCUCCUCGGCUCCACCCCGCACGACCAGCUUUUGAUCCGGACCUCCGAUUCCUUCUCGGGUCUGCUCCUGUUCGCCAUCGGGUUCUUGCUGUUCAUGGUCUCCUUCGUCGAAGACAUGGAUUUCCAAUCGUUCUUCGCCAAAGGCUGCACCUUUCUGCACGUUUUCAUGGCCGUGUGGCGGUUCUGGUUCGAGAGAAGAGUGGAGGAUUUGGCCUGGGACUCGGUUAGGCAAACGGUUGGCGAUAUUUUAUUGGCUCUUUCCUGGGUUUUCUUUUUGGUUUACUCUUGGGGAGAAAAAUAUGAUUAGAAUUUACAUUUGGAAAGUGUACUAUAUUUUGUGAAUUAGCAAUUUGGGUCCUUUUGAAAUGUAUGUAAGAUUAUUGGUUUUGAGCCAGAAUUUAAGAAAAAUCCAAUUUUUGUGUGAAAUUUAUCGGCAUGUUAGACUAUAAAGUUUAAAAUUUUCUUUC